UAAGGGGUGAGAGUCCUUCCACUCAAUGCUGUCACACAUUGUCACAGGUUGUCCAUUUUGAAGCCUGCAUAGGACACUUUACAAUUUCAGGAGACUCCAUAUGAAUUCUGUCCAUUGAACCUAUUAGGAAAUCAUGGGUAAUAGGGUAGUUCGGGGUAAUUUUGAAUGGGUUUACACGGACCAGCCCCAUUCCGACAGGAGGAAAGAGAUACUGGCCAAGUACCCUGAGAUCAAGAACCUGAUGGGUCCUGACCCGCAUCUCAAGUGGAUUGUCUCCUCCAUGGUUCUCUUCCAAAUCCUUUGCUGCUAUCUAGUCCAUGACCUGUCCUGGAAGUGGCUAAUCUUCUGGUCCUACGUACUUGGAGGUGUUAUUAAUCACUCCCUAACUUUAGCUAUCCAUGACAUUUCUCACAACGUAGCCUUUGGCAACAAAUCGGCAAAAUUGAACCGUUUCUUUGGGAUGUUUGCCAACCUUCCAAUUGCGAUGCCCUACUCAACAUCGUUCAAGAAAUAUCACAUUGACCAUCACAGGUACCUAGGAGGAGAUGGCUUGGAUGUUGACAUCCCCACAGACUUUGAGGGACAUUUCUUCUGCACCCCAACACGCAAAGUUGUAUGGAUUAUUUUACAGCCCCUACUCUAUGUCUUGCGACCGCUGUACGUCAACCCAAAACCUGUCACCCACCUGGAGAUUAUAAAUGCUCUGGUACAGUUCUCGUUUGACUGGGUCCUCUACUCUCUGUGGGGUCUGAAACCAGUUGUAUAUCUGCUGGCUGGGUCUAUAUUGUCUAUGGGAUUUCAUCCCAUAUCAGGGCAUUUCAUAGCAGAACACUACAUGUUUCUCAAAGGUUUUGAGACAUAUUCCUACUAUGGACCUCUUAACUGGUUGACCUUCAAUGUUGGAUACCACAUGGAGCAUCAUGAUUUUCCCAGUAUUCCUGGGAGCAAACUUCCGCUGGUGCGUAAAAUCGCCUCCGAGUAUUACGAUACGCUUCCUUACCACACUUCAUGGGGACGAGUCCUCUGGGAUUUCAUUUUCUGCAAAGAACUGGGACCCUUCUCACGAGUCAAGAGAGAGUGCGAACUGGCAAAAAAGGACUAAAAACCGAUAGAUUGUAAAAAAUAUAAAACUAUUUAUUAAAUCUCUCCGUUUAUAGGAACUGCAGUGUUAUGGUAUAUCUCAUGUCAACAAAAAAAUAUAAACCCAAAAUGUUUUAAUUUA